AUGGCACAGCAAUUCUGGGUUCCGCACCCCACCGAGGUGUGGGGGGUGGCGAUAGAGGCCUCAGGCGGCAGCUACAAACUCUGGAAGGUUUUCGACUCAGCAACAGAUCCAAACAACCUUACUUUUACUGUUGAUCCAAAAAACAAAUCCCGAAUCAAUCCGAUCGUAGACCCUAAAGGACUUCAAGGCAAAGAGAAUAUUUGCGACCUUUCGGACGUAUCAGAAGCGUCUCUGCUGCAGACGCUUCGACAGCGGUAUAAGGAGUGUCAGAUAUACACCAAUGUUGGGCGCAUCGUGCUGUCUCUGAAUCCAUUUGAAUAUCUCCCCCUCUAUGGAGAGUCAAUCAUCUCUCAAUACUUUCUCUCGGAUGACCCGUACAGCCUGCAGCCACACGUCUAUCAAGUGUCCGCUGCUGCUUUACAAAAUCUAAGGGAGGAAGGGAAGCCCCAGGCAGCGCUAAUAACAGGCGAAUCAGGAGCUGGGAAAACAGAGACCACAAAGCUCAUUUUGCAGUUCCUGGCUGUUGCGGGAGGCAGUGAAGGAAGUGCUGGGGUAAACGCAGAGACCGGAUCCAUACAGCAAAGAGUCUUGGAGGCAAACCCUGUGCUAGAAGCUUUUGGAAAUGCCAGCACCAGCAGAAACCCGAACAGCAGCAGAUUUGGCAAAUGGAUCGAAGUCAUUUUCAACGAUAAAUACAGCGUUGUUGGUGCCCGCGUGACUUCGUACUUGUUGGAGGUACCCCGAGUAGUUGGUCACACUGAAGGCGAGAGGUGUUACCACGUGUUUUACCAGAUCUUAGAAGGGCUGAAAGACAGUCUUAAGGGACUGCAAGGACAGUAUCAGCUUGGAACAGACCCAACGGCGUUCAGCUAUUUAGAGCCAUAUAUUCCGAGCAAGACGAUUAAGGACUCAGAAGCCUUAGAGGAGCUGAAGCACGCACUUCAAACUUUGGGGUUCAGCGCUUCGCAACAGAACAACCUCUUCUCCAUCGUUGCCGCGAUAUUGCACCUAGGGAAUGUGAAAUUCAUCGCACACGGGGCUGGCGGUGGAGAAGGCAGUGCGCCAGACCCAAGUACAAAAACUCACAUAUCGAGUUCAUCUUCUCUUUUGGGCGUUUCAGAAGAGGGUCUGGUGAAUCUCUUCAUUUACCGCUCCCUGAAAACGGGAAAUGAAGUAAUAAGAAUGGUGCUGAGUCCGGAGAAAGCUCAGGCUGCGCGCGAUGGCAUUGCCCAGCUUGUCUACAGCUGUCUUUUCUCGUGGCUUAUUGCCAGAGUAAAUGAAAGUCUGCAGCCAGCACAAGAAACGCUGGUGAGUCGGAACAUUGUUGGCAUUUUGGAUAUUGCGGGCUUCGAGAGCUUCAAAACGAACGGCUUCGAGCAGCUCUGUAUAAAUCUAAGCAACGAGAAAUUGCAGCAUCACUUCAACCAGGAUAUUUUCUUGAAUGAAAUGGAAGAUUACCAGAAAGAUGGGCUCAAGGACCUUAAAAUUGAUUUCGUUGACAAUGAAGAUAUUCUCGACCUAAUCGAAGGGAAAGGAGGAAUUUUUGCGGUUUUGGACGAAGAGUUGUUUGUGCCCAAGGGUUCGGAGCAAGGAUUCGUGGCGAAACUAGCAAAGAACCGGGCGAGCGACAAGCGCCUAAUUCCCAGCAAGGCUUCAGGAGCGCUAGCAUUUAGUGUGAAUCAUUAUGCUGGGACGGUAACGUACAACGCGGGGUGUUGGCUUCAAAAGAACCAGAGCGCGCUUCCUGCAGAAGCAGUACAGCUGCUGCAGGCUUCUUACAAUGAGAUAAUGGCACAAGCUGUUGGACUUGUGAGUGCGAACAAUGCAAGCCAAGCAGGUGGAAAGGGAAAGAGCAGAAGUACUGUAGGUGUCAUGGAGGCGGUACGCAUAAGAAAGGCGGGAUUCGCGCUGCGGUUGCCACAUUCGGAAUUCGUCUCACGUUACGGAGUGCUGAUGGGCAGGCAGGCAAAGACUCUUAAGAAUAUGCAGCCCAAGCAAGCUGCAGAGGCGCUGGUGAGCCAUCGUAGGCAUUCCUCCAUGGGGCUGACGAGCGACAGUUGUUUGGCUGGCAAUUCAAAAGUUUUCUGCAAAGACACAGUGCAGGAGGCACUCGAGUCUAACCGGCGAAUUUGUUUGGCUUCUCCGGCCAUUUUGAUCCAAUGUCAUGUCAGAGGUUUCCUUGCGCGUCGACGGGUGGUGGCUGUGCUGAACCUCAGCCGGCAGUUGCGGCCAUUUGGUGAGGCCCUUGGGAUUGCCAAACAGCAGGGCGGGUCAUUUCUGUCGCCUUCCGCUGUCUUCCCCGAUGCACCCGAUGCGCUACGGCUUAAACAGAAAGCAGCCGAGCUUCUCUCUCUCGUGACACAAUGUGAAUCUCUUGGUUCGUCCUUGGAACCACCGGCAUUAGCUACAGCCAAGCGGGCUUUGAACAAAAUGACCGUCGAGGCAUCCCUGACGCUGAAACUGGAAUCGGAGCUCCAAAGCCUCGUAGAGGACACUAGCCCGCUGGGCGAGCUGCUCAUUCAGACACAGGCCAAGGGCAUCAAUAACACAACUGUAGAAUACGCGGAACAGGUCUUCAGCCGCAUACAGGCUGAACAGGAGCUGCUGACCGCGCUGGCGCCCGCCAUGGAGAGCCGCGACGUUGCAUCAUUGAGUCAGCUUAGCCAAGAGGCACUGCGCGUUAGCGGGCUUAGCGAGUUAGUAGACUGCGCAGUCCAGUUCCUUGCUGCACUCGCUUCAGACAGUGAGAAGGGCCGCGCCCCAAGCCUCUCGACAGUAGAAGUGGAGGCAUUUUUGACUAAGAUUAGCGAUAAGCAAAAACUGCAAACAGCCCGAAGUGCGCAGAGAGAAAUUUUGAAACAGGUAAAACCUCAAAUAUCAAGCCACAGCGGCGAGGAGUUACUGCCUUGUGGGACGCCUCCAACCACCCCAAGUAGACCAGUUCGCGUUCGCCCUUGUUUUGAAUCUUUAGCUACCUCCGAGUGGACGGAAAGCGAGAGCGAAGAGGAAACUGAGUAUCUUCAAUUCCUUUUAGGGGACAGACAAGCGGAAGCGGGAGUAACUGGACAAGAAGUUUGGCCACAGGCUGUUUACGCAAAAAAGUUCUUGGAGGAAUUGACGCAGGCCUCGGCACAAUGCGAUGCGGAGGCACUACAAUUUCUCUUAUCCAGAGCAAGCGAGGCUGGCAUAUCUCCUGGUCAACGAGAGGUGCUGAUAGCUCACCAACAGUUAAGAAAUUUCUCAGAUCCCCAGUGGCUUGAGUGCGAGCUGAAGGAGUGUGUCAUCCUUCUUUCAUGGGGAACCAUUUCCCGAGGCGACAUCACCCGUUUAACCAACCUCAUAGAGCUAGCAAAAACAACUCCAGGAGUUAAGCAGGAGGCUCUGUUGUCUGCUGAGGCAACGCAAAAAGCAGUCACAGAAAAUGAUAUUGGGGGCGUCGUUCAGGAUGAGGCCGCAGGAUUCAACUCCAUCGAAAACUACCCCGAGCUCAGUAUCAACAUGGAAAUCAAAAAGGUCAAGGGUCAGGGGAAGCUAGAGCGUCUGCUACUCCAACGUGAUGUUAUACUAUCAUUUCAGACCGAGGGUCUUACUGAACCCUUGCUGCCCCUCCCAUCGCCAUUAGACAAGGAGGCCCUCUUGAUAUUUAAGAAGCUGCAGUGUCUAAUGGGGGACAGGUUCUCAAUCGGGCAUAGUUACGGGGAUGAAAUUAUAAGAACGGUCUUGGCCUGUGAAGAGCUCAAAGAUGAGGUCUACGUUCAAGUUUUAAAACAGCUUAGGGGGAAUACCAACAGCAAGAGCGUUCUAAAAGGAUACAGCUUUCUUGCUACACUCUGCCGGGACUGCCCGCCCUCACUAUCUCUUGAGCGCUAUGUCCGACAAGCGCUGGAGGCGCAUCUCGGUAGGCCUAGGUCUCCAGGAUUGCUUUUUCCCUUGGACGAAGAUAGUAGGUACACGCAUCCAAUACCAGCGGCCCCAGAGCAUACACCCGCAUACCAAAAGCAAGAUUCAGAACUUCAAAAGUUUUGCGCUGACGGGCUGAGGGCAUUAGAGGCGAAUUCGAGCAGCGCCCGACUGCAGCAACCACCUCAGAAAAAGUACAGGAAAUCCGUGUUCGAAUUUCAGGUGCUUCUGUCCGAUGGAUCAAGACGUCGCGUGCCGCUAGGCCUUCAGGCGAGCGCUGCAGCUCUGUGUUCGGCCACUGCCGCCAUGUUGAACAUCCAUAAUGCUGACGAAUGGAUCUCCUUGGUAUUCCGCCGUCCAUAUCUCCGUUUGAGAGAGAACAUCGCACCGCAUCCCCUCCAUAGCCGGUUGACCUGUUGUCAGGCCGUUGCUGAUUUCCUCAACUACCCACUGGAAGAGCCUCCAGAAAUUAUCGCGGAGAUUGCGGCCAAGAUUGGUUGGUGCCGUGCCUCCUCUCAGUUGCCAACAGGCCCACCAACAACAUCACCAACCGCAGCGGCGACAGGAAGUAAAUGGGUAAAAUCUAUCAAAGAAAACAUACCCAUCAGGCUGCAGCAACUGCUACCUCCACACCGCUGGGUUGCGCUGUACGAACAGCACGCGGCGGAGCUCGACCCAGACGAAAGCGAAUUGGUAUUUGGAGGCCCAUUCUUUCUCUGCGAUCCUUUAAAGCUGUCUCUGCAGCACUUGUUGUCCGUCCCCCGAGUUUUUAGUGAAAUAUCUGCGGUAGCUUUUGGAUGCACAGAGGAAGAUGGGCCAUCAGCUGCUGACAAUACCGAAGCAAGGCAAGAAGGCCUCGAGGCCUUGAUAGAUAACAGCCUGCACUGGGCAUUCGUUGGGCAGCAACAAACAUCCAAAGGGACUGCUACGUUAAUUCCCAGACUCCUUUGCCCCUGCUCUAACAGAGCAAAAGCCAGACAUAGACGGAGAACUAGAAGGGAUAAGAAGAGGAAUGGGUUGUAUGGUGGGAAGACGAAAACAACCCCAAUCGAGGGAAUCUGUUGGCUCGGAUUUGGGGAGGGGCAGAUUGUGCUAGAAGCAGAAAGCGCAUUUAUUGAAGACGACGGCGAUACUGGGCGAGUUACUCAGAUGGAUGGUCUCGCAAGAAGCAUAAGGGGGAAAACCCUCUUUACAAUGCCUGAAGAGGUAAUAAGCAAGUGA